CUUUGCCAAGAGCCAGAAGGCUGUGUUGUUAGCAGCCAGACAAACGGUGCCGUUGCAGCUGGACAAACAGGGCCGAGGCAUUUUGGCCUUUGCGGCGUUGCCUGUAUAGAAUCUGGGGAUCUGCAUGGAAAGCAACUCCGAGCUGCUUGGGCAGGAGAUGGAAACGGAGCUAUUUGUCCUUGUAGAACAAGGAAGCUGGCAUAAGAUAACCAAGUUUACUUGAGGGAAUGCACAGAGGCCCCGCCAGAGGGGACAGUGCCCAGACCUGGAGAAAGCAGAGAUAUCCCUGUAACUUGUCAUCUUAGGAGUGUCUGUGGAAGCGAGAAUGUUGUGGAAAACGCUGCUGAUGGUAGAUUUAGGGGGAGCUGGGAGCCGGGCUCCCUGUGUGCUCCCGUUCUUUCUCCCUGCUCUCCGGUACCGGUCCUCUUCGGCGAUUGAUCAACACCAUGAAUUGGCCCGUGAGCGAUCCAAGACGGUGACCUCCUUCUAUAACCAGUCGGCCAUUGACAUAGCAGCCGAAAAGGCCUCUGUGAGGUUGACACCCACCACCAUGUUGUAUUCUGGACGGUCUCAGGAUGGGAGCCACCUGCUGAAAAGUGCCCGCUACCUGCACCACGAACUGCCUGUCCGCAUCGCUCAUCGCAUCAAAGGCUUUCGGAGCCUCCCCUUUAUUAUUGGCUGCAACCCCACCAUCCUCCAUGUGCACGAGCUUUACAUCCGAGCUUUCCAGAAACUGAGCGACUUUCCCCCAAUUAAGGACCAAGAAUCGGAGGCCCAAUACUGCAAACUGGUCAGACAGCUCCUAGAUGAUCACAAGGAUGUCGUGACGCUACUGGCUGAAGGGUUGCGGGAAUGUCGCAAGCACAUACAGGAUGAGAAAGUGAUCCGUUCCUUUCUAGAUAAGACUCUCACCUCCCGCCUGGGUAUCCGGAUGUUGGCUACUCACCACCUUGCCUUGCAUGAGGACAAGCCAGACUUCGUUGGGAUCAUCUGCACCCGCUUGUCUCCGAAGAAAAUAAUUGAGAAAUGGGUAGAUUUUGCCAGGCGCCUGUGUGAGCACAAGUAUGGAAACGCGCCCCGGGUACGGAUCAAUGGACAUGUGGCUGCCCGAUUCCCCUUCAUCCCGAUGCCUCUUGACUACAUCCUUCCAGAGUUGCUCAAGAAUGCCAUGCGAGCCACCAUGGAGUCUCACUUGGAUACACCCUACAAUGUCCCAGACAUAGUCAUCACCAUUGCCAACAAUGACAUUGACCUGAUUAUACGAAUUUCAGAUCGAGGUGCUGGCAUCCCUCACGAUCAUGUUGAGAAGGUGACCGAUUACCACUUCACCACGGCUGAGGCGAGUGCUCAGGACCCCCGCAUGAACACCCUCUUCGGCAACAUGGUGGAAAUGGGGAACAGUGCCCAGUCGGGGCCCAUGCACGGCUUUGGAUUCGGGCUGCCCACCUCCCGUGCUUAUGCUGAGUAUCUGGGUGGCUCCCUGACCCUCCAGUCCCUGCAGGGUAUUGGUACAGAUGUGUACCUUCGCCUCAAACACAUUGAUGGGAAAGAGGAGAGUUUCCGCAUCUAGACUUAGUGGGCUGACCCCUUCUUGGCUGCUGGAGAAAGCUUUUUAAUACGUCCACCCAACCCCAUUCCGCAUGGAUAUACUUGUUCUCGUAUGGAUUUCUAAGAAUGUGCUAUGCUAUCCUAGUAAAGCUCUUCUCUUCCCUUGGACACUUGGCUGCAGUGGGAAAGGAGAUGGGUUAUUUUCUCUUUCCUGAGCAGUUAUUGAUGGCACAUCACCUCCUGCUAGCUAUUCCAGUCCGUUCUUUGGGGAUGCUCUGUGGUUAACGACCGAUCUCUUGAAUCCAGAUUACGGAAAGAGCCUGUGGACAAAUCUUCUCUUCCCUCCCCUUUUAAAUGGGAAUAUUUAAAGCCACAGAAUGGCCCUGGGGCAAAGCGAAGUCCUGUUUUGCUGCCGUUCUGUCUACUGCCAACUCCAUCCAGGCUCUUGUUCCACCUAUGUUUUGUUUUGUUUCUAAUGGAUACAAAGACAUUGGGUGAAGGGAAAGCUUUUACUGUCGCAUGUACUGAUCCCAUUUGACUUCUUUUAUUGCACCCUGUUUGGGGAACCAAAUCUACAUGUCAGUCUUCAACAAGCGAAGACAUUUCAUGUUGCACACACCACCAAAAUGCCCUCACCUUGAGAGGAAAAAGACUGGCACAGCACCAAGUUGGCAUCUUUGCCACCCACAGUGUGGAUUCCAGAACAUUCUCCCUCUUCCCUUCCCUUCGCAACAACGUAUUUUAUUUCCACCCUCCCUCUCUCCACUUGAUCUUUCUGUUGCCAUUAAAUGAUUUUUUUAAAAUAAAUAUUUCAGGGAGCAGGAUAAAGGGUUUCUCUGUGCCCUUUCUCCUCCCCACUCAGCAUUAGAGGGAAGUGGGUGGGGUACAUUUUUUUUUUUUUGCUGUGAUACUCAAAUAAAAAACAAGAUGCAGAUUCCAAAAUCUAGCAAA